AUAGAAGAAGCUCGUUCCGGAAACUGCACUGGAAAAUGCAGGUUCUACAAAACUCCGAGUGCGUAUACGCUCAAUGGAUCGUUCGCCUCCGAGAGCGGUACCGAGUUAUAUCCAAUUAAAUUAAUUAAUUUUAAGUAAUCCAUAAUUGACAGAAUCGGCUUGUGUGGUCAGUAGUCGGCAUCGAAACCUGCUGCCUGAAGUUUUCCUGAGGAUCUGCAUUUUAACCACGAGCUGCACUUCUGACCAGCAGUAUGAUGCAGGCAGGAUUCUGUCUGAGACAGGACACUGAGACAGCACUACCAGAGCUCACUGAGCAGCACAGGAUCAGACAGAAAGAAGAGGAACUCAGUGGACUGGAGCCUGUCCACAUGGCAGAGUCAGAGACAGUGUGCGCUGCACCAGGACUCAACACACUGGAGCCAGAUUGUGUUACAGCGCACUGCGGGGUCAGUGAUGUACAUCACACACACACUUCACUGAUUAAAACAGAAACUGAUCUGGGCUCCACCCACACUGGGGAUUUUAUUAAGACUGAGAGCCUAGACAGUGCAGAGCUGGGAUGUAUAAGCCAUCUGCUUUCUGACCAGAUUAAAACAGAGUCUGUUGAUGGUGGAUAUGUUAAGGUAGAACACAUCAGUGAAUUACAGGACAUUAAAUAUGUUAAUAUUAAAUCAGAUCAAAUCAAGUAUGAAUCCAGUGAAUGUUUGGUGAGUGACAUCAUGAAUACUGUGAUGAAUGGAGCUACUGUUGGUCACAAAGACCAGACUGAAUCAGGGCAAUGUGCAGGAGAGCCAAACCAAAACUGUAAAAAUGAAGAAAGUCAUCAUCUGCUGAACCAAUGUGGGGAUUUAGAUCAUAACUGUGACAUGAACAAUGAGAAUACUCAGCCCAGAAUUGUCCUACAGAAAAGCACAAACAGUCAGAAAAAACAUACUGAUAUCCAGGGAACAAAUAUGAUAACUGAACCAAUGAUAAUUAAUUCAAGUAAAAACCCAAGCCUAUUGACUUUUUUUCAUAAGACGACAAUUCAGAGAAAUCAAAGAAAAGUUAAUAUGAGUGAAAAGCGGUACAGGUGUACACGGUGUGAAAAGUGUUUUUCACAGAAAAGUACUUUAAAUUCCCACAUGAGGAUUCAUACAGGUGAAAAGCCCUACAAAUGUACUGAGUGUGAAAAGUGUUUUUCACAGAAAAGUACUUUAAAUUCCCACAUGAGGAUUCAUACAGGUGAAAAGCCCUACACAUGUACACAGUGUGAGAGGGGUUUUCAUUCCAAAUCUGAUUUAAAUAGACACAUGAGAAAUCAUACAGGUGAAAAACCCUACAAAUGUACUGAGUGUGGGAAGGGUUUUUCCCGAAUGUUUAAUUUAAAUCGCCACCAGAGUACUCAUACAGCUCCCAUGAUAAUUAACUCCAGAAAACACCCAGACCAAUUGAGUUUCUUUCAAAAGGAGACAAUUCACAUAAAUAAAAGUGAAAUUAAUACCGGUGAAAAGCCAUACAGGUGUACACAGUGUGAGAAGUGCUUUUCACAGAGAAGUGACUUAAAUAUCCACAUCAUGAUUCAUACAGGUGAAAAACCCUACAACUGUACUGAGUGUGGGAAGUCUUUUUCCCGAAUUACUGUUUUAAAUUAUCACAAGAUUAUUCAUUCAGGUCGAAAACCAUACAAAUGUAUUCAGUGUGGGAAGUGUUUUACAGAGAAAAAAGCUUUAAAUCGGCACAAGAGAAUUCAUACAGGUGAAAAGCCAUACAGGUGUACACACUGUGGGAAGUGUUUUUCACAGAGAAGUGCUUUAACUUGCCACAUGAUGAUUCAUACAGGUGAAAAACCCUACAAAUGUAUUGACUGUGGGAAGUGUUUUUCCCGAAUUACUGUUUUAAAUUACCACAAGAUUAUUCAUUCAGGUCAAAAGCCAUACAAAUGUACUCAGUGUGGGAAGUGUUUUACACAGAAAAAAGCUUUAAAUCGGCACAAGAUUAUUCAUACAGGUGAAAAGCCAUACAGGUGUACACAGUGUGGGAAGUGUUUUUCACAGAAAAGUUCUUUAAGUCGCCACAAGAUGAUUCAUACAGGUGAAAAACCCUACAUAUGUACAGAGUGUGGGAAGUGUUUUUCCCGAAAUAGUGUUUUAAAUGACCACAAGAUGAUUCAUUCAGGCCAAAAACUGUACACAUGUUCUGAGUGUGGGAAGUGUUUUUCACAGAAAAAAUCUUUAAAUAGCCACAAGAUUAUUCAUUCAUUUGGGAAGACAUGCAAUUAGUGUACUCUGUGUUUGGGAUGUUUUAAUGCAGAAGUACAAUUUAAAUAUUAAUGUGCAUAUGGAUUAGACUUACUGGUAUUCAGUAUGAGGUGUUUUUUAAUACAGAAUAUUCAUUAGAUACUCACCUGAGAGUUCAUUCAGAUUAACAACCUUGCCAUCAGAGAAAUGCUACAGGUGAAUAGCGCUACAAUUAUAUUCUGCUUGAGAAGUGUUUUUUUAUAAGCAAGUGCUUUAAAUUGCUACAAGAUAAGCUGAAAACUCUUACAAAGGAAAGCGCUUUGCAUGCAUUCUGUGCAAGGAUUUUCUGUGCAUCAUUUAAAUAUUUAAAUCUUGACCAAAAAUGCUUUCAAAAGGAAAGAUGUUUUCUCAUUGUUGAAAGGUUUAAAAUAUCCCAUCUGUUUUAAAUGAUACAAGUUAAAAGUAAUUCCCUUGAUAUUUUUUUAUGAAAAAAUUGUUUGGAAAAAACAAACAAUAUGAAAACUGUUUGGAUAUACUGUAGAAAGAAAUUAUGAAAAUUUGUAUGCUGAAAAUUAACUUACAAUACUGGCCUUUUUGGUCCUGCUACUGCCAAUGUAGAUGUUGUAAUGUGUAUGUGUGCUAAAGCAACUGUGUAAUUAUUCAACCUCUGACUUUGUUUUAUCAGACAUUAGUUGAGGAUCUUUGUUUCACUCUUUAUUAUUUUGUGUUGUUUAUCAAUAAUGCAUGAAAUAAUUUUACACUGUGAAUGUUCUCAGUCCAUGGCCUCUGCCAUGUAAAUAUUUGCAUAAACUCUUAUUUCCUGCAAUGUGUCAUUGCUUUCUCCUUUGCUUCCUGUGUAUAAAUGUGUAUGAAUUCCUGCUGUACAUAACUUGUAACACUGAUUUUACAAUUGUACAAAUACGUUUGACUCAUAUGGGGUGUGAAUUGUAUUAAUCAUUUUAAACAUUUUAAAUGUGUCAUAAAAUAUACACUUUUUUAUUUUUUAACAAUUAAUGUUUUUUAAAACUCAUCUGAUUCAGUUAUUCUGAGGAAUCCAUGUCAGGCUAUUAACAUUGUUAUUCUGUUUAUAUUUAGAAGAACAUUAGGAACAUGCAUUGAUAAUCACCACCAUGGUCAUAAUCAUAAACAUUGUCAUAAUACAUUAAUUAUUUUCAUUUUCUGACUUCUGGUUGGUAUACAGUAUAAAUUGUUUGUGUCAGUAUACCGAUCAAAAUACUAGUCAAGCCUUUAAGUUUGUAGCAUUAUUGAAAUUUCCGCAUAUAGCCGACUGUUCUAUAGUAUGUAACAAAGCAACUAACAAAUGUAUUAGAAGCAUAAUCCUAAGAAAUAUAACUACUGUCUCACCAACUGCUUUUUUACUGGAAUGGCCUUUAUGAGAAUAUAAACUGGAAAUGGACUUGGAUCUUCGCAAAAUAAUAUUUGUUAACUAACAAGAUACAAUAAAUAUCGUAUAAAAUUCUACACAAAUGUUAUCCAGUAAAAACAUAUACCAAAUGGAACUCUA